UGACAUUUUUCAAGGAUGGAAAGAAGAAGGACACCCCAGAUCAUCCGGACUAUGUACGCUCCAUAUUCCCACAAAUAGCACUUGAGGAGUCUGCAAACAGGAGCAAGACUUUCAAGAUAUCAAAGAACAGAAAAGAUGUGCAGCAGCUGUUUGUGAGGAAAGAAGAGAUUCUCCCUGGGGAGCAGGAAUGGAGUCACAUUCUGCAUGUGAAUGAUUUAAAUCUCCCACAUAUUAAAGAGGAACAGGAACAAGUCUGGAUAAGUCAGGCGGAAGAACUGCGUUAUCAACUUGAGGACAAUGAUAUUAUCACAUUCCCUUUCAUGGGUGUUCCUGUGAAGAGUGAAAAUUAUGAAGAGGAUUCACACUUAUCAUAUCAUCAAAGCCAAACUAAUGAGAACACAGAGCCUGUAGUCAGCAGCCCAACUGCAGAUGUUAAAAUAGAAGAUGAUGGCGAGACCUGUGGUGGAUCAGAACCAUCCAGUAACUUUGGUCCAGAUUGUCACUUACAAAUAAAGACCAAUGACAAGACUUUAAACUGUUCUGACACUGAGACUGAUGAUAGCUGUGAUUGGCAGAAGACUGGGGAUCAGGCUGGUUUCAACAAGAAACAACUUAGUUGCUGUAAAUGUAGAAAAACAUUUGGUCGUAUGAAUAGUUGGAGGGUGCAUGCAAGAAUUCAUACCAGAGAGAAACCUUUUAGCUGCACUGAGUGUAGAAAAAGAUUUGUGCAAAAGGGUGCUUUGAAAAGGCAUAUGAGAAGUCAUACAGAGGAGAAACCAUUUAGCUGUUCUGACCAUGGAAAAACAUUUGGUUUCAUGAAUUUGAGGGAACACAAGAAAAUUCAUUCAGGAGAGAAACCAUUUAGCUGCACUGAAUGUGGCAAACAAUUUGCACAAAAGGCUAAUCUGAAAAACCACCUGAGAAUUCACACAGGAGAAAAACCACUUGGCUGCUCUGAAUGUGAUAAAAGAUUUGGGAGAAAGGGAGAUCUGAAAAGGCACCUAAGAAUUCAUACAGGAGAGAAACACUUUUGUUGCUGUGAGUGUGGUAAAACAUUUGGGCAAGAGGGUGUGCUCCAAAUCCACAUGAGAAGUCACACAGGAGAGAAACAGUUUAGCUGCUCUGUGUGUUGUAAGACAUUUAAACAAAAGGGUUUGAUGGAGAGGCACAUGAAAAUCCAUACAGACCAAAAACAAUUUAGCUCCUUUGUGUGUUGUAAGAGAUUUAGACAAAAGGGUUUGCUCCAAGGGCACAUGACGAAGGCACAAUGCGCUGGACACACAUUAGUUGCAGUGCGGCAGACAACUGUUUUGCAAGCAGAAUCAAUGGAAGUUGAAGAGAAUUUUCAAAUAGUCCGAAUAAAUCCCUAAAGGUUUUGCAUAGAAAAAGCUUGUCAGGUGACUUUUGUUGUGUGCCCCAUUGUAGCAAUUCUCGAAUGAAAUGUUUGGCACAAGGAAAGAAGAUAGCCUUCUACAGAUUUCCCAGAAAUGAGCAUCAAACCCAACUUUGGCUAAAAGCGAUCGGUAGAGUUGAGGCAGAUGGGACACCUUGGAUUCCCAAGAAACAUUCAAGGAUCUGCAGUGAGCACUUUGUCAAUGGCACUAAGUCCAUCAAUAAGGAAGACAUCAGUUACGUGCCUACAAUAUUUGGUUUCAGCAGUGCAAAGGUUCCAUGGAGUACUGUUACAGUCAAAAAGGCCGGCAUAGUGCCCACUCCAUUACCGCUUCCAAAAGAAGUGCCUCAAAAAAGUUGAGCCUUGGGUGCCCUUCUUCAGAUAAACUGUCUACUAUGCCAACACCACCUGGACUUCAUGACUAUAUCAAGACUACUAUGGAGCCUGGCCACCUCGAGAAAGUUGCAAAGGUAGAGAAACUGAUACCUGGACUGCUUGCUUCUAUGAGGGAGCUGGAGCUACUCAGAGAACAGAACCAGGAUGCUGAGAAACGGGCUUUCAGUGUAAGGACCAUCGAGAAGGAUCCUGAUCCGUGCAUGUUUUGGACUGGGUUUCCAAACUAUUUGAUGUUCAUGGCUGUGUUCAAUUGGCUUUCAUAUAAGGCGAGCAAAAUGACCUAUUGGAGGGGUCGGAAAACAGUAGCAAGAAUGCCAAGAACAAGCAAUGGGAAUGCAAACCGCUCUCUAACAUUGCAAGAAGAGUUCUUUUUAACAAUGGUCAGACUCAGAACAGGCCUCAUGGUAAAAGAUUUGGCACAGAGGUUUGGUGUAAGUAAUUCAUAUGUAAGUUACAUCUUCACCACGUGGAUCAACUUAAUGUACUGUGAGCUGCGAGAAUGGUUCCAGCUGACUGAUCCACACAUUUUGUGGAAGAAGAAAUCACAGGUCUUCUCUGACUUCCCUACUACACAUAUGAUCAUUGAUUGUACUGAAAUAUUUUGCAAAACACCUGGUAACUUAAAAGAGAAGAAACAUGAUCAAAAAUUUAUGUUCCUAGUUGCAGUCAGUGCACAUCCUGCAGUAAUCUAUGUCUCUGACAUGUUUCAGUGUGCAUCUGAUGUGCACAUCACGGCACAUGGUGCAGAUUUCUUAGCAGCAUCUCAACUUGUUGGUGGCAAGGUGAUGGCAGACAGAGGUUUCACAGGGAUAUACAAGAUGACACCUUUAGGCAUUCAGAUUAUCACUCCAGUCUUCAAAGGACUGGAAGGAUGCCAGCUGACUGAGAAGGGGGUCACUAUGUCUGCUAGCAAUUCAAAGACCAGAAUUCAUGUUGAAAGAAUUAUGCAAUGCAUUAAGAUCUUCCACAUUCUCGAUGGAGAGAUUCACAUGCCAAUGAAACAUUUGGCAGAGCAGAUUUUCACAGUCUAUGCAUACCUGACAAAUUUUCAAAAGUUAUAAAUAAUUGAUCGCAAUUUUUUCCUAUAUACAUAGUUUAUGUGGAGAUGUGCAUUGCAUUGCAUUUUAGUUUUUGUUUUUCUGUAGUCAAGAUCACAUGCUUAACCCUUAGAUGAAUAAGUAGGUCAAAAAUAACCCAGUGAGGUAAUUUUCUUGCAAUAUCUUUGUAAUUGUAAGAUUUGCCUGAUGAUGGCCUUAGGCCGAAACGUUGCUUGCUUGAUUAAA